AUGAAGCGAGAAAACAAAAAUUUGUCAAAUGCAUCAAUGAACAUUUUGAAAAAAAGCAACACUACAACUAAACAAGGGGGACUGAAAGGUAGCACGAAAUUUAGAGAAACAUAUAAAGAAAAAUGGAGCGUAAAGGUUGAAAAAGAUAAUGCUAUAACUUCCAGGAAAAGUAGCGUAAAUCUGAUAAAAGAAAGUGUCAUAAAGGUUGUCCCAAAUGGAAAGAUGAAUGAAGAAGAAAGUGGUGUAGGAGUAAAAAACAAAAUUGAGGCUAAUAAGAAAAAUGCGGAAAAAAGUAAUGUCAGUGGGAAAUUUAAUCGAGGUAAUGAUAAAGCUUAUAGCAAAGCAUAUGAUGAGAAUAAAAAUGUUAAGCAAGAGGGAAGGACAGACAGAGCAGACAAAAAAGAUAGGAAAGACAGGACAGAAAGCACUGAACUUAAUGCUGAGGAGGAAAAGGAUGAUAAAGAAGCAAAUAACGCAGAGAAAAAGGAAGAAAGAAAUGGGGAAAUCAACUUGACAAGGCGCGAAUCGCAAAUUAACCAAGAGGUAUCGGUUGCAGUAAUGCACACAGAAGAUUUCAAACGUGGUUUUGAAAAUGAAAAUGGAGAGAAAGAGGGUAUCGACGAAAAAGUUGAUAAGCAAGCACAGAAAGACACGGAGAAAAAUGGAAUUGAAGACGAAGAUUUAGAUUCGUUUAUGCAACCGUUUGCAAACGAACUUGUGGAAAAUUACCAGCAAUAUAACACUAGCGAAGAAAGUGAAUACUUACAGGGGGAAAGGGAAUAUAACGAAGAUAACAGCGAUGAUCUGAACUAUGAAAAUAAUGAUGAUGAUGAAGAGGAAGGAGAAAUAGACAAAAGAAAAUACAAAGAAGGAGAUGAUGCACAUGAAAAAAGUAGCAUAUAUCAGAAUAUACUAAAAAAAUUAAACAUGGGAAAAAAUGAAGAGAUAGAAAAUAGUCACAUCAUAAUACUUGGCAAUAAGGAUGUUGGGAAAUCUUGCUUAGUAAAAUCGCUACAAGAAAUUCCAUUACAUGGUAAUAAGGAAGGUGGUGAAGUAAUAUACCAAAACGGAGGUAGAGUAUUACCAUUAGAUUAUGCAUGCUUAGAUGUAAAAAAUUUAGAUGAAAAAAGAAAAAUGAAUGAUAUGAAAAGAAACAGCCACAUUUGGAUAUUAGAGCAUUCUUCUUAUGUCAGCUCAUUAAUUAAAAAUUUAAAAAAGUUUCAGAAUAUCAAAAAAAUAGUUGUUUUAGUAUGCACAGAUUUGUAUAAGCCUUAUAAUAUUAUGUCUGACAUAAAUCACUGGAUCGAGGUUCUUUAUGUUCUAUUUGAGAAGUUGCAUUCUGAUUACAACUUAGACGUAUUACAUGAAUUAAAGGUUAACUUACAGAAUUAUGUAUAUAACUAUAAAAAAGAAGCAUUUGAAAAGAAAAAAAAUAAGAAUCAGAAGGCAGAUACAAACUCCAAGGAUGAUGGGAAAACAGGAAAUGGAGAUGACACCAUAGAUAAAAACAGUUUAUAUGACAUAAACAGUGAUGAUGAAAUGUUUAAAGUAAAGAAGGAAGAAUUAAUCAAAAUUAACCUGUCCUUUCCAAUAUUCUUUAUUAUCUGCAAAUCGGAUGGAUACGAAAUCUUAAACAAUAGAACAUAUCAAGGAUACAUCGAUGUUAUCAUUGCAUAUUUGAGAAAUUUAGCUGUUAAUUAUCAAGCAGCUAUAAUUUUUUGCAACACAGUAAAUAAAAAGGAACCAAAAAAUGUGGAACUUCUGUACAGAUACAUAAUGCAUCGACUUUACAAUUUUCCUUUUAACGAAAAUGCUAUUUUGGAUGAUUAUGAUAAAAUAUUUAUACCAUCAGGUUAUGAUAACAUGGAUUUAAUAAAUGAAUCCAUACAGAAUACAUUCGUUCAGAAUUUUAACAAACCUUAUGAUUCCAUAAUCAUUAAACCAAUAUCAAAUAGGAGCAUAGUGGAACAUAGCCAGAAUGUUGUGGUGGAUAAUUAUUUUAACGAUUUUUUAGCUAGCUUAGGGUCUGAUGUAAAUACGAACCCAGGGGAUGGAGCUGAAGACGACGAUGUUGAUGAUUAUAAUGACAAUGGUGAUAGCACUCGUAGUAACAAUCGUGAUGGUAACAAUGGUGAAGGCAAAAACAUGGGAGAUAAAAAAAUAAAUGUCACCCUGAAAGAAAGUAGAACUAUCGUAGACAAAGAAAGUAACAACGAGAACAAUGCGAGUAGAGAUAAAAAUGAUAAAUCUUUACACAGUUUUUUUCAAAGUCUUUUAGCAAAAGGAAGGUCCAAGUCACCAAGUGCACCAAACAUCCCACUUCGGACGCUAGACAAGAAAAAAAACAUGAAUCUGUAA